AUGCGGACCUUGUUGCCCAAGAUGACGCUUGGACUAACGGCGUGGCUAGACAGCUCCUCCGAUGACGAUAUGGGUCCCCAGCUCCCCUCCGAAGCACCAAAGAAGAAGAAGCGUCGCGUGCUUCCACACGAGAAGCUCUAUAUUGCUGCGCUGCCCAAGUCAACCCGGUACUCCAAGUCUCUGAUGCACAAGGAGCAGCUGUCUUUCGUUACAGUGACGCCUCUGACGGACUUCAUUAUUACCUCAUCUGUCGACGGUGUCGUCAAAUUCUGGAAAAAGGUGGCUGAGGGGAUAGAGUUCGUCAAGGAGUUCAAGGCACAUGCGGACGAGAUCAGGUCCGUCUCCGUCAGCCAGGACGGGAGAAGCUUUGCAACCGCCGGGGCAGACAAGACUGUUAAAAUCUUCGAUGUCAUCACGUUUGAUCUUCUGGCGAUGCUGAAGUUGACCUUUGUGCCGAGAUGUCUUUGCUGGGUUCACAACCGAGGGGCUUCGCUACCUCUCCUUGCGGUGUCCGAGGAAACCAACUCCAAAAUCCACAUUUUCGAUGGCAGGGGAGAGAGGCAAGACCCGAUUCACACAAUCAAGUCUCUACACAGAAGUCCGGUCUCAAUCAUGGCUUUCAAUAGUGCCUACGACUGCGUGCUGUCUGCGGACGACAAGGGCAUGCUGGAGUACUGGCGACCAAGCGGCGACUACGAGAAACCGGACAAUGUAUUCGAAUUCAAGGCUUCAACAAAUUUAUUCGACUUCAAGAAGGCGAAAGCAGUGCCGACAUCUAUCACGAUUUCACCGACAGGCAAGCAAUUUGCCGCCUUCUCUCAGCCAGACAGGAAAAUCCGAAUCUUUGACUUUGCGUCUGGAAAGCUGUAUCGAACAUAUGACGAAUCUCUUCAAGUGAUUGAGGAUAUGCAGCAUGCUGGUUUGGCACUGCAAAAACUCGAAACUGUGGAGUUCGGCCGCAGGUUCGCGGUCGAGCGAGAAAUUGACUCGACAGCGUACAGAGAUAAGGCGAACGUCAUUUUUGACGAGUCUGGCAACUUUAUUCUUUACGGCUCAAUAUCCGGCGUUAAAGUGCUGAAUACCUAUACCAACCAGAUCGUCAAGGUGUACGGUAAAGAAGAGAACUUCAGAGCCGUCAACCUGGCGAUAUACCAAGGUCAACCGCAGAAGAAGGGCAUUACUACAGUCGAGAUGGGUGCUUCUGCCAAUCCCCUGCUCCAGGAGUCCGAGUCCAGAGACCCCAUCUUGAUAACGACAGGAGUCAACAAGCAGCGAUUUUACUUGUUUACCAAUGACGAAGAAAUCUCAAAGUCAGUGCGAGACGUUCAGAACGAGAAGCCUACAAUGCUUGGCCAGAAGAAGGCAGAAGAGGCCAAGAAAGCAGAGACCGGAACCGCCGCAGUAAUCCACACCAACUAUGGUGACAUUCACAUUCGUCUCUUCCCCGAUGCGGCACCCAAGGCUGUUGAGAACUUUGUCACCCACUCAAAGAGUGGUUACUACAACAAUACGAUCUUCCAUCGUGUGAUUCGCAAGUUCAUGAUCCAAGGUGGAGAUCCACUCGGCGACGGCACGGGUGGCGAGAGUAUAUGGGGAAAGGAAUUCGCAGAUGAAUUCAGCAGUCUGAAGCACGACAAGCCAUACACAGUCAGCAUGGCUAAUGCAGGCCCAAACACCAAUGGCAGUCAGUUCUUUAUUACAACGGAAAAGACGCCUUGGCUGGACGGGAAGCACACCAUUUUCGGGCGAGCAACCCAAGGGUUCGACGUUGUCCACAAGAUCGAGAACGCGCGGACGUAUAAGGAGAGACCAGAGGAGGACAUCAAGAUCCUCAACAUCGACAUCAAGGGCAUAAGUGAAAUGGAGUGGAAAAAGCAAUUCGAUGAUGCAGCAUCCCCGCAAGCCUCGCAACUGAUACAGACGGGCCUCACGAUGCAGCUGCAUAUCAGCUCAAACGACGUUUGGGCGUACCUCUUGUUCAACGGCGCGCACAUCCGUUCUACGAACGUUGAUAGUGAAGACAGUGCGCUCAACCAUCUCACAUAUGGAAAUUUCAUAGACGCAGGCCUCCGGAUUCCCUACCUGCGCUGCAUGUUCGCGAUCGAGGUUUCUGGUCCAGUAUGCCACGUCCGAAGAAGCCAGGGGCGCCGGAGCCGAAACGUCGAAGCCGAAAUGGUUGUUGGCCGUGCAAAGCCCGGAAAUUCGUUUUAUCUGUACAAAAGUGAUGUUGGCUUUGGGACACUAUCUGCUGUACGACUAAAUUGGGAGGGCCGUCGAACGAAGAGAUCUCUUUCUUUGGGAACACUCACGGGGAUCACUCAGCCAUUUAAAGACUCCUCCCGCACUGAACAACCGCCGUUCAAUCAUACGUUUACCAUUAGCAACCCGACUCAGAAUUCGGAUCCGAAGCCUUUAACGAAACGCGUCCUCGCUGCUCCUGUCGGCGUCGAGGCAGGGAAAAGAAAGCUUGAGCAGUUAGAGACUUGUGAUGACUACUUGAGUUUUCAGAAUACGUCCUCCCGAUUGAUCCAGCACCAGAAUGGCGCCCUAUUUGCUCCACCGCGCAGUGCACCAAACUACAAUGCACGAGACCACUCCUCGACAUCAAGCCUCCGUCGAAUCGUUCCCGCGACUGCAAACGCUUCGUCAAGAUUAUACAAGAGGUCCAAAUCCCUCGCUGAGACAGGUCAACCGGAUAUAUCGAGCCAGUACGGCCGCAUAUCUUCGCCAAUCUCUCUAAUCGGGCAAAGCUCUCCCACGUCUUUCCUAACCUCGGGUGCUAUCUCAACGUCGACCGGUUCCCCCUUGACGCCCGUCUCGUUGGUGAUCAAGCCUGACGAUGAGACGAGAUCGCCUGUCUUGAGCCUUCCUUCACCGGCGUCUCCAGAAGAUAGUCGACUAUCUGUGAACUAUCUAAUCUCGAGUUCUUCCCGCGUUAUGCAUGGUGCAAACAAGGGAGUAAUUCAUCCAUCUGGUCCGCCUCUGUACAACUCUGAAUGCAAGCAAAAUGUAUCAGAAGAAGCUACAUUUUAUGGCUUCGAUCUUGGCAUUCCAGAUGCUGACAUUGCCCAGAAUGAUGACGCGGGAUCCAUAUCUUCAACAGCAUCUUCUACUAGACAUUAUAGGCACUGCCUCCAAGCUAUGUGUGGUGGAUCCUAUUCCCAACAAUCCGGGACCAUUAAUGGCACGAUGCCAAGGGUCUGGUACUAUGGCCAGCCUAUUCCGAUAUGGAUACCGCGAAGCAUUGAGCCCAUCCCCGCCAAGCUUCGAGAAAACCCAAUGAAUAUCCUUUACUUCCAUCACUUUUUGAACCAUACGGCCAGGGUUCUCGUGCCUUAUGACGACCCCCAAUCCAACCCGUUUCGCACGAUUCUGCCGCAGAUGGCUGUCGGUAACGACCACCUCCUCAGCUUACUCCUGGCCUACUCGGUCACAGCCGCCCAUAGGUCAAGACUUCUCGGAAAGAAGGAACCACAGAUGAGGAUAGCAAUCUGGGUGCAGGACAUCUUUCCAGCACUGCGGCAGGCCCUCAACGACAAGGACAAAAUCAUUUCAAACACGAGCCUCGCCACCGCCAUCAUGCUCGCCUCGCUGGAGAUCAUCUCGCCCACGGCGUUCGGGUUCGAUAUCCCCUGGCAGCGGCACCUGAACCUGGCCCGGACGCUCAUGUGGAGGCGGCUGGCGGACCUGCGCAGGACCGCCGAGAACGGUCUACGGGAGGACAGCGCGUGUGCCUUCCUGUGGAGCUGGUUCGCGUACUUGGAUGUCCUGGGGAGCUUGAGCGGUGGUGGCGUCCCCGACGCGGAUUCCUCGAGGUUCUGGCUGCUUGAGUAUACGGUCCACAAUCCCGGCGACAGCCAGGAUGAGAUUGACUGCGUCAUGGGCUUCACCACGCGCUGUGUCCAGAUCCUAGCCCAGAUCGCGGAGCUGGCGCGCCGCUGCGACGAGCAGCGAUUCGCGCUAAGCGGUUCCUCGCCGCAACUCGCCUGGUAUCCGAAUGCGGCUUGUGUCGAGCGGGCUCAGUUGUUGGAGCAGGAGCUUUUUAACAGCAUGGCGCAGCCGUCCUGCCCGAGCAGGCAUAUUACUACCAUCAACACCCCGAGCCAGAACCUAGGCCAGGACACCGGCAUCAAAAUCGAAGGGCGGGAUAAUAGGGGGGAGAUCGUCCAAUUGAACGAGGCAUUCCACUGGGCUGGGCUUGUGCACCUACACAGGCGCAUCCUGGGUAAGCCGCCUGGCCACGAAGACGUCCAGGGACCGGUAGGCAGGAUCGUGGCGUGCUUGGAGGGUAUUGCGCCUGGCGGGUCGGCGGAGACGGGGUUCUUGUUUCCCAUGUUCACAGCUGGGUGUCAUGCGCUGGAGAGGCCGCAGAGGAGCCAGAUUUUGGAGAGGUUUCGGAGUGUGGAGAGGAAUGGGAUGACGCAGGUCUACAAGGCGAGAGUGCUCAUGGAAAAUGUGUGGCUUACGGGGCAGCCGUGGGAGCCUUUGCUGUGUACGGAAUUCAUUGGGGAAGCAUCAUACGGGUACCAGCAUAUUUUGUCAUCUUCACGAUAUUUAUGA